AUGAAUGUAUUUGUAGUAUCCAUAAAGGUACGUGUAAAUAGUCCAAAACUGGUUACGUGCUUGCAUGAAGAAAUUGAUUCUUUCGUGCAGUUCAUUCGGCAUUCCAUUGAAAGUGUUACUGCACCUCGUUUCUAUUCUCCACCACCAGUAUCAUUGCUCACUCAUUAUGGAACUCCACUUUUGAAUGCUAAAAUUCUAUCAAAAGAAGAAACGGUCAUGGCCGCUGUCAGAUUACGAAAUCCCAUGGGAAAUUUGGCAGAUGCAGCUUGGGGUGAAUAUUGGGAACGAAUGCGUGAAGAGGUGGCGGAUUCGGUAUCGGAGAUUGUGCUGAAAGCAUGCUCAUUAAUUAGUCGACCUCAGUACAUGCCACAAAUGCCUGCACGUUCAGAAGUGACGAGUAUUUUUGAUACGAGUUUUCUUGAAUGUCAGCCAUAUCUUUUCAGAGUAGUCAAACAUCCACUUGAUUCGGGUCAAAAUACGGAAAGCACUUUAAUGACGAUUGGUGCAUCUGCGGUCAAGAAAAUGUUGAGAGAUACGUUCUUGUCGUAA